CUGAAGCAGGCCAAAGAGCGCGAUUACGACAUCCACAACGACUCUUUACCCGAGGGGUUUGAGAUAGUCGAGGAUUACGACGGACCUAGAGGAAGAUCACCUACACCACGUUUCAAUCCAGGAGCAAUCACAGCAAGUGCUACCACGCCCGCCUUCUGAGCUCAUCAUGCCAAGCAUGCGCCAUCUCGCAGCGCUCGGCGCGUCCAUGGCCGUCGCCUGUGCUCUUUCUCUGCCGCAGGGAACGACAGGCCCAUCGGGCGGCUUCUCUCCUUAUCCGCAAAACACGAGCAUCACCUACUACAAUGGUCUGUCCGCCGCUGCAGGAGCGGAUCUUGGCGCUGUCCAUGAGCUGUCAUCCAGCGCCGUCCAGACGACUUGCGGCAAGGCUGUGGGUGAGGACGUCAUCCAGGUGCGUUUCCUGAAAUCAGCAUUUUGCGAGGGCUUCCUGCUAACCAAGAUCAAGUCGCUGUACUGUACGCCUCUAAGGUAUAGUGGAGUCGCCAUCGCACAAACCGUCAAUGGCAGCUGCACCUUCACCCUGUUUUCUGAUACGGACAGCUGCUCUCUGCUCGGACAGGGUGCCGGCGGCGCGAUGGGCUUCGGUUACAACAAGCAUGUCAUCGUUAUCCCCAACGGAGAUGAGUCGACUUGCAUCGCGACUGGUGUGGGUGGCGGAGGAACGGCCAGCGGUGUCUGGGCGUGUGGAUGAGGUUGAGUGUGGUGAGAUAUGCUUUCCGGGGUCAAGGGUGUCUCGAGAUGGGUGAAGGAAAGCAGCAGGCACUUUCUUCCCUUUCUCUCAUCAAU